AUGACAAACACUGAAGUUACAAAUAGUUCAAAAACUGUUGCCGUCACCGGAGCCACUGGUUUCAUAGGAACAUAUAUUGUUCGUGAUUUACUUGAAAAGAACUACAAAGUAUUGGCCUUGGUUCGUGAUCCAAAUAAUCAAGAAAAAUUAAAAACCUUAAAAUCAUUUGAUAAAGAUCAAAGAUUAUCCUUCUCUGGUGGUGAAUUAGAAAAUGUUGAUUAUGAAACCGUUUUAAAUGGUGUUGAUUAUGUAAUUCACACGGCCUCUCCAUUUAUUUAUACUGCCGAAGAUGUCCAAAAAGAAAUUAUUGACCCAGCAAUUAAUGGUACUGUUGCUGUCUUAAAAGCUGCUUCAAAAAUUAAAUCAAUUAAAAAAGUUAUUGUAACUUCUUCAGGUUUGGCUGUAGUUGAUUUUACAAAUACAGAAAAAACUGAAUACAAUGAUGAUGAUUGGGCAAGUCCACCAAUUUCUAAUCCAUAUGCUUAUUCAAAAGUUGAAGCUGAAAAAGCAGCCUGGGAAUUCGUUAAGGAAAAUGAAAAAGAUGAAUCCGCUAACCACUUUAAAUUGGUUGUAAUGAAUCCAACUUUCAUUUUAGGAGCUGCUUUAUCAACUUUGAUUAAUUCAAGUGUUGGGGUUAUUAUUAAACAAUUAUUUGAAGCAGUGCCACCACCACCAAUCUCAAUAGGUAUUGUUAAUGUCCAAGAUGUUUCAACUGCUCAUAUUCUUGCUUUGGAAAGUGAAAAUGCUGAUAACAAAAGAAUUACAAUCAAUCAAUCAGUAGUUACAUUUAAGAACUUUAUUGAAGUUGCAAUGAAACAAUUCCCACAAUUCAAAUACAAUACAAACAUUGUUAAUCUUCCAGAGGAACCACAUUCAUAUUCAUUAAGAUCAAAUAGAUUAAUUGAUGAAUUAGGUUUUAAAUCUUUCGUCUCAUUAGAGGAAACAAUCAAAACAAUGAUUGAACACUUAUUAUCAAAUGGUUUAAUUAAACCAGAGUUACUAUAA